UCCGUGCUUCCAGGAGCCGGUCUCUGACGGAGGCAUUGGUCUAUUGAACGCGUUACCUGCUUACGCCUGAAUUUCACUCGACUGUUUACAAAACAUUGCGGUAACAGCCGUAGUUUCGCUCCGAUAUCCAGUCGCCAGGACGCGGGGAGCUACCUUUCGCUGGACCCUUUAUUUCCUUCCAUGCGGAUGCGAGGAUCCUCCAACGUGGACUUUACGCUCGACUCGGGAGACGAGAGAGUCGCUCUGUCGGAAUAAAAUUACCGGUAUCACGGUCGACCUCCAGCCCAGAGGCGCGCGGAAGGACAACGGGGACACGUCGUCGAGCUGCGGUGAAGAUUUGUGAAGGAAUGCUGCUGUCCAAGCUCAAUUCUCUGGCGCACAUCUCCACCGUCGACAUGCCCAAGCUCCAAGUUCACCAAGUGAAGGAGAGGGAGCCUUUCGAGAAGCUGUAUCAGGUCGGCGCGGUGCUGGGCAGCGGCGGCUUUGGCACCGUCUACUCCGGAACGAGGCUGGCCGACGGAGCCCCGGUCGCUGUCAAACACGUAGCCAAGGACAGAGUCUCCGAGUGGGGAGAGCUGCCUAACGGCUCCAGGGUCCCCAUGGAGAUCGUCCUGCUGAAGAAAGUCGGGACUGGCUUCCGCGGCGUGAUCAAGAUGCUGGACUGGUUCGAGCGGCCGGACAGCUUCAUCAUCGUCAUGGAGAGGCCCGAGAACGUCAAGGACCUGUUUGACUUCAUCACGGAGAAAGGCGCCCUGUCGGAGGAGCUGGCGCGCAGCUUUUUCCGCCAGGUGCUGGAGGCCGUGCGCCACUGCCACAGCUGCGGCGUGGUGCACCGGGACAUCAAGGACGAGAAUAUCCUCAUCGACCUCCGCACCGGCGAGAUGAAGCUCAUCGACUUCGGCUCGGGAGCCUUGCUGAAGGACACCAUUUACACCGACUUUGAUGGUACAAGAGUGUAUAGCCCACCUGAAUGGAUCAAAUACCACCGCUAUCAUGGGCGCUCUGCCACAGUUUGGUCCCUGGGCGUCCUGCUGUAUGACAUGGUGUGUGGGGACAUCCCAUUUGAACACGACGAGGAGAUCAUUAGAGGGCAGAUCCUCUUCCGGAGGAGAAUCUCUACAGAAUGCCAGCAGCUGAUUAAGUGGUGUUUGUCUCUGCGGCCGGCGGACCGCCCGUCCUUCGAGGACAUAUUCAACCACUCGUGGAUGCAGGGCACCUCCUCCUCUGUAGUCCAAGCGCCCGUGCAGACGGAGAAGGCAACCACAGAGAUCAGACUACACAGCAUCAGCCACGAACCCGCAGCUUUCACAUCCAGCGCUGUGACCGUGGCCCGGUGAUGGAGGCAAACAGUUGGUUCUGGUCUGAACUGGACUCCACUGACACAAAAGACUAUUACAAAAGACUUAUGUAACAGUCUUGAAGCAGAGCGGAGGGGGUGGGCAGCGCCCAGGAGAGAUGGUCCUGAUACAGGCGUGUCAACAACACACAGAGGAGACGUCACCUGGCUUCAGCCUGGCAGCACCCUCUCCACCCCAACUACUUGAUUAUCCCAGUUGUCGCUCAGUGUCAGAACACGGCAGGUGCAGCAGGCGUCUGCUGGCUUGCGCGAAGGCGUGCUAUCAUGCACGAACACCUGUGUGCAGCACACAGUCCAUGUGCUCUCUGAUCUGCUGAAUGGCAAGCGGACAGUCCGAGUUAUGUAACCCCCUCGCUGCACUGUGCUCUGUUCUCUCCCAUUUCUGCUGUCUGUCACAGCAGCGUGGGCAGAGGAGUGUUAUUCUCAAAAGUGCCUUCUGUGAGAUUGUUGGGGGAACCUGAAAAUACUUGAAUUCACGAACACAAAAAGGCUCUUCUUCCUGGUGGCCUUUUUGUUCCUUACACAAGACUUUAUAUUGUGUUUUUCUUUUUCCUCUCAUGGGCCUAGAUCAGUAAAGCCUGUGCCAUUUACAACCACUAUUGCCACUGCUUCUACUCCAAUGUCAUUAGCAACAAGGUAACCUCAUAGCUCUGACAGCAACCUGUGCAAACAAACCAUAAACAAAGAAAACACUGGACUUACCUCACUCUGUUUACUACAGCAUCCACCUCUACUCUACAACCUCCACUUCCUCCUCUACUCGUGUUGUAGUGUAUACAAACACAAGGCUUAGGCGCCCGCUCAUUCACACCUACCUGAACGCACACCGCAAUGCAAAUAUAACCAUACCAAGAUACAACAUCCUCUGCUCUUCACUUCAAUUCUAUAAAGCAGUGCCUCACGUGGGUCUUAAAGUGCAGUGAGGGCACGGGAAUUGUAAAUAACAACAAUAUUUAUUAUUGCUGUGAGUUGUUUCUCACGCCUGAUAAGCAUUUUGUUGCAGAAUUUAUUUAUUUAUUUAUGAGAGAAUUUCGGCUGUACCGUAUAUAUGUGUAUUUCAUUCCACAGUCACUGGAGGGCCCACAGAUUAUUUAAAAGGAGACAAAUUUCUCUUGACCAUAUUUAUGGCUUAAAAUUCUAAAAGAGCAGAUGCGUGUGUGUAUGUUUGUGUAUGUAAUGUAAAUACUGUGUAAAUAUGUUAGUGUAAACGUCGAACGUCUACUGAUGGUAACUGGUUAUGUUACUUUGUCGUUUGCUGCAGGAGUGAGUGGAUAGCAAAGUGUGUGUGUGUGUGUGUGUGUGUGUGUGUGUGUGUGUGUGUGUGUGUGUGUGUGUGUGUGUGUGUGUGUGUGUGUGUGUGUGUGUGUGUGUGUGUGUGUGUGUGAAGAGAACGACGUGGGAAUGAGAAACAUGUUCUGGUUGCAUGAUCGCAGCUCGGAUUGCUGUUGUUUUUUCAUUCAUUGAAAUUAGAAUUGUAAAUUAUGCUAGAAACUAUUUUUAUACAAGUUCAAUAAAUAUUUUUCUAACUAUAGAA